AUGUUUCUCUUAUCAAAUAUCAUGAAAUUAAUUUUUUUAAUUUUCGGUUUUAAUUUGUUUGAUGUACAUGCAGAGUUAAGUGAUGGAAAAGAAUUAAAGUCAUUAUGUAACGAUAGGUACUGCUUGUACUCCAAUGGAACAUCAACUUCCUACACAAGUGUUGAUGAGAUGAGAGGUGUUUGUACAGGCUGGAACAUGAGUGUUUGGUUGUUGGAGGUGUACGAUGCUGAGCUUCAAAAUUUGACGGAACGAUUUAUCGAUAUUUACAAUUUUAAAGAUAAAAAUAUUCCAUUGAAUAUGAGAAGAAACACGCAAGGAUGGAUGUGGAUCAACAACCAGCCACUUUUGAAUCAGACGUCAAUUACAAAUCAAUAUGAAACUAGGAGUGUUUCUUACAUGUUAAAAAGCCCAAAUUCUGACGAAGUUGAAUAUUUGGGUGCUGGAAACGAAAACACUUGUGACAGAGCAAUUUGUCAAAUUUUAAAAACGACUAAUUGCAAAACGAGCGAGAGUCUACAGUAUAAAAACUUUUGUUAUUUGCCAAUUUUGAGAGAGCCAAUGUAUUGGCACGAAGCUCAAAAUGAAUGCAUCAAGUUGAAUGGCACAUUGGCAGUGUUUGAUGGUAUGGAUUUGAAUAGCUACAAUAAAACGUGGGUGCAAUCAUUAGUGGCUGAUAAAUACUUGAUUGGAUUGGCCCGAGGACAAUUUAUGUGGGAUCACUCAAACAGUUUUGUUAAUUUCUCUCAAUGGAGAGAUAGAAAUCUCAAUUUGAGUUUUUCAUGCCCCGUCAUCUACAACCUGAAAGUUUGGGUGAACCUGAAUUGUCCAAGAUAUUCAUACGUUGUUGUGUGCAUGAAAGAAAACCCAAAUAUAUCUCUGAACACCGGAAAAUCACUUAUUGUAUCUGGGAAUUAUACGACACCUAGCACAACAUCAGCAAUAAUUAACGUUAACAUCACCAAGGACCCCGGCUUCAGCACAAAACUGGGUGAACAACAAAACAUCAACUCUAUGGCCAUCGGAAUUGGAGUUGGAGUGUCGUUGUUUGUGUUGUUGUCGGUGGCUGUAGUUGUGCUGGUUGUCUGCUUGUGGAGGAAGAAAAAAAUGUGUUUUAAAAAAACCUCAAGCGAAAAUAAAAUCUUGUAUGCAACGGCCAUCAACAACAUCAACAUAAACAACAGCAACAACAACACUAACAACAACAUAACCAGAUCGGCAACCAUACAUGCCUCAACAAGCAGCAACAACAACAACGACGCAUCAACAAACAACAACAUGCUGGUGUAUGCCGACCUCGAUUUCCACAACAACGACAAAAAUAGUAAAACCACCACCAACAACAACAACAGUAGCAGCAGCUUCAGCAACAGCAACGAAAGCAGAAAAAACUAUGACAAUGUUGAAGUUUAUGGUAUCCAUAGUAACAGCAGAGAAUAA